CUAGUCCCGUGUUUCCUAAGUCCAUGAGUCAUGUCAAGUGCCAGUCAAUGUCAGUUGUGAGCUGUCAACAAGUGUCGAAAAUAUAUAUGUCAAGAGGUGUGUCAAGAGUGAUAUUUGAGUAAACAGGUUCCAGUGUCAUGCUAAACGUCCUAAAGCGUAGUUAAACUCUUUUACUACCGACGAAUGUUGCAAUAAACCUGCUCCAUUUCCAUGAAGAACGUAACAAUGCCAGGAUGCAGUGUACCUAAUUGUCACAGAAGAGCAGACAAAGGUUACAGAAUGUUUGUCUUUCCAAAGAGACCUGAUAAAAGAAAACUAUGGGCUCGACUUUGCAAGAGAGAAGACAAGCCUCCAAAACAUGCCCGAAUUUGUGAGUACCACUUUGACGACAAUCAAUUUACAAUCGACUUCAGAGGCAAGAGAGGAAAAUUAAAACCAAACGCCAUUCCAACAGUUUACGAUGCUCCAUUAUCUGCGAGGAAUGUAACGAAUGGCAUUUUAGAUGAUAUACAACCAGAAUUUGUUGAUGUAUCUCAACAGGAUGACGAUUCACUUUGGAGAAAUGAUUUUAACGUCGAUAGUUUAUGCGUUGAGGAAAAUUUUGAUAUCGAGAGGAAAGGUUCGGAAUGUGGAGAAAAUGUUCAAUACUCAAGCGUGGAAGUGGAAGAAUUGUGCAUCGAACCUGAAAUUGUGGAGGGUAGUCUUAAAAGCAUAAUGAAAAAUGAAGAUACCUUAAUAUCGGAGAAUAAUAAUGUACAAAAUAUAAUAGAAAAAACCAAAGAUUUAGAAGAGCAGCUUAGAAAUAAAGACAAGGAACUUGUCAAAACACAAAGGCUUCUCUCGAAAAGUUUGAAACAAGUUGAAACAUUACAAGCGCUGAAUGAAAAGUUCCAGGCUCAGAUUUCAAAGUUAUCGGGUCGAAGUCAUUCUAAAAGUUAUCCAAGUCGUCGAGAAAGAAGGAAGCCUGCAAAAUUUCUUAACUGAUACCGCAAUACUUGCAAAACUAAACUGCAGGCAAUAUCUAUAAAUUUAUAUUUUUAUUAUAAUCUAUUUUUUAUAAGAAAAAAGUUUGCUAUUAUGCUAGAUAAUUUAUUUUCAGUAUUACACU